CAUCCCGGCAAGAUGGCGGCCCCCAGUACGUUCGGAAAAACUUCACGUUACUACAUUGGCAAUGUGAAGCAGCAGCUUCGGCAUGGAUAUGGAAUUUAUGUUUAUGAAAAUUCAUUUUUCCGCUAUGAAGGUGAAUGGAAAGCUGGUAAAAAACACGGUCAUGGGAAGUUUCUGUUAAAGGAUGGAAGUUACUAUGAAGGGGAAUUUAGGGACGGUGAGAUGACCGGCAAUGGAUUGCGUUACUGGGCACUAUCUGGGAAUACAUAUUCUGGUGAGUUCCUGAACGGGGAACUCCAUGGUCACGGUGUGAUGCAGUACAAAGAUGGCGGAAGAUACGAGGGAGAGUUUGUGUUUGGUGUAAGAGAAGGACAUGGUAUGUUAAUUGACAAAGAAAGGCAGACCUACCGAGGAGGCUUUCACAAAAACAAAAAAAAUGGAGAAGGGCAAAUGAGCUUCAAAAACGGAGAUCAUUACGAGGGAGACUGGGUGCUGGAUCAACGACAGGGACACGGUGUUCUGCGCUGCUUCGAUGGAACCAUUUAUGAGGGACAGUGGAGAAAUGACGCGUUCAAUGGGCAAGGCGCUAUGAUUCAUUGUUCUGGUGUAAUUUAUGAUGGACUGUGGAUCAAUGGCCGUCCUGCUGUAUGUCCAAAGACGAUGGUUAUCUUAAGUGAAGAUAUAAUUGAGUUUUCCCAAAGAACAUCUAUCACAUUCCAUGUACAAGUGCAGAAUGAGGAAGGUGAAAUCGCUAAAAAUGAAAAUGGACGUGUUUUAAGAAUCAGCGCUGGGAUAAAAUACACUGAACCUGUCAAAAACCAGAGCAUGAGCUUUUUAGAAGUAAUAGAAGGCUUUGAAGAGAAGCGGUUUCAAAGUCCAUUUGGCUAUGAGUGUAUUAACUAUCCUUUGACGAAUAAUUCAAUAGAGGGUCGGGAACAAAAAGAAAAUCUUCUCUCUGAUAACCAGUCGGGAUGUGAAUCUUCAAACAUGCCACUGCACUCAGUCAAGAGUGACCUUGAAAAUGGAGAUGAUGGUGCAUGGAGAGCAGGGGAUGACCAUAAAGCCCUAGAUGAUUUUCACCAAGAAAUCCCGAACAUCCAAACAACAGACGAGGAAGCAGCUUUACCACCUAACAUGAGAACAGAAAUGGGCUGUGCUGUGUUCAGGGACAUCAUGUUUGGACCCCCACCUGCCAGCAUUCUCCACCUUUUGAAUCAGGCAGAGGCUGACAAGAACCGGGGGAAGAAGCUAAGUGGCAAAAUGACUUCUGAAAAAACUGAGAAAAUGACAGUCUCGCAAGAAAAGAUUGAAGACAGCAGAGUCGACCCAAUAACAAAGGAGAGCAAGUUUAAGAGAGAGCAAGUGUUGAUGGACAACAACAAUGCCGUGAGACCAGGAGAGUACGUCAUUAUGGUUGAAGACAUUACUACUCCGCCGUUCUUGGGUCAGACACUCCCUCCUGCGUUUAAAAUAAUCAAAAUCCAACCUGCGAAAGCCAAAAGUAAAGUAAUCCGGAAGGAAACAUUAGGAGUUUCUAGCAUUUAAGGACAGAUCUUUUGUGUUUCACAUUUCAUGUUUGCUUUAUUAUUUUCACAAAUUAAACAUUUUCUAACUCA